AUGGCUGUGGGAUCAACUGCGGAGCGGACACCCCUGGGCGCACCCCAAGCAUUUGACUUGGAGGAGCCUCCGCUGCCAGCCGCUCACCAUGGGAGCAGACAACGACCUCCUGAAGCCGCGGAAGAAAAUGGUCAGUCCACAGGAGACAUUAGGCGCGAACUCCAGAAGUUACAUCCUACAGAGAGAGGAAAUUUCGAAGUGUUGUUGGAUGAAGCAUGGAGAGUAUACAGUAAUAGGGAGGAAGAAUAUAGACAAGGGCAAAGAAAAAUAGCGGCGGUUGUUAGGGAACAGGAGGAAAGGAGACCCAGACGAGAACCAGCACGAUUAGCCAAGGAUCAGGGUGCACUGUUAAGAAUUAAGCAAUAUCCCCUAAAGAAAGAAGACAGAGAAGGAAUCCAGCCAGUGAUCAAAAAGUUUUUACAAUUAGGAUUAUUGAAAGAAUGUGAGUCUGAUUUUAACACCCCUGUAUUACCUGUUCACAAACCAGGCGGGUCGUACAGAGUGGUCCAGGACUUACGACCUGUAAAUAAAAUAACUGAGGACCUUUACCCAGUAGUGGCAAACCCAUAUACCCUGUUGACUGUAUUAACACCUGAACUAACUUGGUUUACUGUAUUAGAUUUGAAGGAUGCCUUCUUUUGCCUUCCUCUCCAUGAAGCCAGCCAGAAAUUGUUUGCAUUUGAAUGGGAAAACCCCAGAAGUGGUAUUAAGACCCAGCUCACUUGGACGGUGUUGCCACAAGGAUUCAGGAAGAGUUCUACCAUCUUUGGCAACCAGCUCGCAAAGGACUUGGAAUGCUGGGAGAUCCCGCCUGGAGAAGGGAGAUUGUUACAGUAUGUAGACCAUAUCUUGAUCGCUACCAAAACAGAAGACGAAUGUGUGACCUGGACGGUGAGUCUGUUGAAUUUUUUGGGGCUUCAAGGUGGGAAUACAGGAGAACCAGUACAUCAUGACUGCUUGGAGAUGAUUGAAACAACAUAUGCAAGCCACCCAGAUUUGAAGGACAGCCCUACAGAAGACGGGGAAAACUGGUUUACAGAUGGGAACAGUUACAUCUUGAGUGCCCAAGGCAAAGUAGUGAAUAUAUAUACAGACUCGGAAUAUGCCUUUGGAGUUGUGCAUGCACAUGGAGCAAUCUGGAAAGAAAGAGGAUUGCUGAGUUCUCAAGGGAAGAACAUCAAGCAUGCAGAAAAAAUUCUGAGACUAUUGGAGGCAGACCAGCAUCCUGAGAAAGUAGCAAUUAUGCAUAUUAAGGCACACCAGAGAGUGAGCUCAGAAUUGGAGAAAGGAAAUGAGCUGACAGACAGAGAGGCAAAACAGGUAGCCAAAACGGAAGUAAAGACAGAGGGGGGUUUAGUCCCAAACGGGCAAAUUUCUCUAGAAGGUAAACCAGAAUAUACUAAAGAUGACCAGAAGCUUAUUAGAGAUUUAGAAGGAUCAUAA